AAAAAAAACUUAUUAACUCUAGUGUAUGUUUUUCAGGUGCUAUACAUCAGUCGAACACUCUUUGUGAAACUCUACACCCCAUAACCUGACAUGCUCUAUAGAUGCGUAGUUUCAUCUGGUGAGCAAGGCCAUUCGGUGUCAGAACAGCUGACACAGCAACAGGUCAUGUGCCCCUACAGUUUCCAAGGAAACUUACUUUAAAGUUCCUUGUGAUCCAUCUACUCAGGUUACAAUGCUACACCAGGAAUUACCAUCAUAUACAGCUUAUAAACUCUCCAAAACCUUCCCAUGACUUGUGCGUCAUGUUUUAAAGAUGGUGGCACGUCAGCGUACCUCAGUCACAGAGCAGCAGCAGAUGGCCGCACAGACCCCGGCUCUCAUAAACUCCCCAUGUAACGUGUUGCCGUGGCAGCAAUUAGCCCGUUCACCUGCCGUCUACCCGUCUCUCCUCAGCCUCUCCGUUCUGUUCGUGGUGAAGUGAACAACAAGUGGUUGCAGCCAGCGAGGUGUUGUAAAAAUGGACUGGAGGAGGCGGGGAGGGAUGCACAUAACAGAUUUGAUAUACAUCAGUGCUUCUGCAAACCUGGAUGAGUCACUGGUCUCUGAAAGAAACACAGGGCAGGAGGGGGAAGGAGGGGAGGAGGGCGCUGCUCUCUCCAGGGAGAGGAAAGCUGGCUGUCUUGCGUGUCAUUUCUGAGGACUAGGCACGACUGGAGAGGGAGGCAGGAAAGAGAGGGAGAUUAGGAGUGUCUGGGUGGGUGGGAUUGAAGAUGAUGGGGAGGAAGAGGAGAUAGAGAGAUAGAUAUAGAGAGGGAAGAGGGGGUUUGUUUGUUGUUUUGUAUUUGGCUCAUCACUCUUGAAGUAGAUUUUGUUAGGCUGGAUAGAGGAACCAAGUCCUUAGAGACCUGAAUUCAUUACUCAAGUCAUCUACAGGUUUUUUGUUGUUGUUGUUGUUUUUUUCCCUCUCUUUUCUCUCUCUCGCUCUCUUUCUUUUUUUUACUGAGUAAAUCUGGAUCCAGAGAGUGUCAUGUUGCUCUGGAUGGGAAGUGAGACAGUGGGGCGAGAGUAAGAGGAGGAUGGCGUACACACAGACCCCUGGUAUGGGAAUAGCACCUGCUGGAACUGGCCAUGUGGACCAGUGGGGACAGUGUCCCAUCCUUCCCAUCUCAGUGACCCUAAUGCGUCAUCUCUGCCUGAGCCAGCGGCAGCAAGUUGGAACCCAUCAAUGAGGGUCUUCUGUCCAGACUGUCUGACUUCCUGUUGUGUCGCUGGUCGUGCCGCUCCUGUUGGCAGUGGUGCUGGGAGUGCAGCUGCUGUCAGUCCACUGACGAGGAGGUGGAGAUUCUGGGGCCUUUUCCAGCUCAGACUCCAUCAUGGCUUGUCAAUGAAAGCAAUGAGCAAAAAGGCACAAAUUCUCACAUCAUGGCUCAGGAACAUGCUUCACCUGCUCAAUCUGACACCACUACAAGCUGCAGGCCACCCACUGCAGAAACUUCCCGAUCCACCUUCAGCCUGGCAGGCCAACUCUCCAGUCUAAACGCCCGACGGCCAAGCUCCCCUAUGGUGGAUGUAAAGCCGAUUGAAUUUUGGGCAAUGGGACCCAGGCAAGAAGUGGUGCAGCCCCUGCGUAAACCCCCAACACCACCAGAUGACUACUUUCGCAAAUUGGAGCCUCAUCUGUACUCUCUGGACUCAUGCAGUGAUGAUGUUGACUCUCUGACAGAUGAAGAAAUCCUUGUGCGGUACAAACUAGGCAUGCUACAUUUCAGCACACAGUAUGAUCUUAUCAAUGGCCACCUUAGUGUGCGAGUCAUCGAGGCCCGGGAUCUGCCCCCUCCGGUAACGUGCGACGGUGCUCGCCAAGACAUGGCCCACUCAAACCCCUACGUGAAGAUGAGCCUGCUGCCCGACCACAAGAACUCCAGGCAGACUGGAGUUAAACGCAAGACCCAGAACCCCGUGUUUGAAGAGCGCUUCACUUUUGAGCUCCCCUUCCUGGAGGCCCAGAGGCGCACCCUUCUGCUCUCCGUGGUCGACUUUGACAAGUUUUCACGGCACUGUGUCAUCGGGAAAGUCUCUCUUCCUCUUAAUGAGGUUGAUCUAGUGAAGGGAGGACAUUGGUGGAAGGCCUUGGUGCCCAGUUCUCAGAAUGAGGUUGAGCUUGGUGAGCUUCUUCUGUCCUUAAACUACCUGCCCAGUGCUGGCAGGUUAAAUGUGGACAUCAUCCGAGCAAAGCAGCUGCUUCAGACAGACAUGUGCCAAGGUUCAGAUCCUUUUGUGAAGGUGCAGCUGGUGACAGGUCUUAAGUUGAUGAAGACUAAGAAAACGUCCUGUAUGAGGGGCACCAUUGACCCCUGCUACAACGAGUCCUUUAGCUUCCGUGUACCUCAAGAGGACCUGUGUGAAGUCAGUCUUGUGUUCACAGUUUACGGGCACAACGUGAAGAGCAGCAACGAUUUUGUUGGUCGCAUCGUGAUUGGCCAGUUCUCCACCGGCCUGCAGGAAACCACGCACUGGCGCCGGCUCAUGAGCUCCCAGCGCACCCCGGUGGAACAGUGGCACAGCCUGCGCUCCCGUGCCGAGUGUGACCGCGUCUCUCCCGCUUCUCUCGAGGUCACAUAAUACUAACACAGGAGAGUCAGUGAUCUAAGAACUUUCACCUAAAACUUAAAACACAAACAUCUUUGAGUGUCUUGAGGUUUCAGUGUGUUAUUUUUAAGGGUUUGAAUCAUACACUAGAUCGAUUCUCUAUAGAAUGGGGGACUUUAUCUCUGUGUUAUUUGUGUUCACUCUCCCUUACCAUUAAUAUAAUGGGGAGACGUAGAUCGUAGAAAAGACCUCGGAGAGUUUUUCCGUUCAUGAUGAUGAGCAGAAGCCUGCUGUCCAUGUUUUCUUUUUAUCACAUUGAUACUAUCUUACACAAUAAUCUCAUCAUCAUCUGAUCCUCAGCUGCAUUCAGGCUGCUCAGGUGUCCAGAGGAAGAGCGGUUAUGAGGCUCAGGCAGUUUAAACCACACCUAACCAUUGGUAUGGUCUGCAGUGUCUUAAUAAUCAUAUUGUUUCUUUUUUUCAGACUUCAAUAUGAUUGCAGUUUUUGAAGUAGCUUUAAUUUCACAGUUUGAAUGUUUCAAAUCCGAUUUUACACCAAAGCUUGUGUUUUGUGAUCCAUAUCACUGUUCUCCGUGCACAUUUUGACCUUUGAUUGUGUUUAAGUGUUUGUGAGUGUGUGUUUAGUAAAUGUUUGCACUUAUGACAGCUGAGGUCUACAGAAACCUUAAGAGGCCAUGCUUUAAUUUAUUUAUUUAUUUUUUUCUUGUUUUUCUUAAUCUUGACUGAAUUUUUUCAUGAUCUGAAUAUACCAAAGGUUUAUUUACUUUCAUUUUUCUGUAUGUUGCUCACUUCUCAUAUUUCUCAUGUCUUCUCUUAAAGAUAAUUCUAUAUCCAUACACUUCCUUUCAAAAGUUUGGGGUUAGGAAGAUUUUUUUUUUUUUUUUUUUUUAAGAAAUGAAUGUUUAUUCAGCAAGGAUGUAUUAAAUUCAUCAAAAGACAUUUAUAAUGUUACAAAAGAUUUCUAUUUCAUAUAAAUGCUGUUCUUUUGAACAUUCUAGUCAUCAAAGAAUCCUAAAAUAAUGCCUCUCGGUUUCCACAAAAAAUAUCAAGCAGUGAGUUUCAACAUUGAUAAUAAUAAUAAAUGUUUUCUUGAGCAGCAAAUCAUCAUAUUAGAAUGAUUUCUGAAGGAUCGUGUGACACUGAAGACUGGUGUAAUGAUGCUUUUUAAAAUUCAGCUUUUACAUCACAGGAAUAAAUUACAUUUUAAAAUAUAUAAUUGUAAUAAUAUUACUGUAUUUUUGAUCAAAUAAAUGCAGCCUUAGUGAGCAUAAGAUAACUAAGAUACUAUAAAAUAUAUUAAAAAUUCUUACCGACUUUUGAACAACAACAUGAGAAAACACUCUUUCGUUGUUUCAAAAUUAAGUCAAAAGACUCCCAACAAAAGACAGAAGUAAUAAUUAAUGGCCUCUCAAGGCUUUCGUAGAGGUCUGUAUCACUGUAUAAAUGCAUUAAAGUCUGCACAACAGUGAACAUGUUUUCACAUCUUAGGCAAUAAUGCCAUGCCAAGAAGGUGCAUAUAUAUGCAUUUCUCUUUGCUCUAUUACCUUCACACCUAGUCCAAUGCUUUUGCCAAGUUCAAUUCAUAUACUGUAUAUUAUCAACAUGUUGGAGCUGUAUUUUGUCUUUUUCUCAGUCAGUCUAUAAAGUACAUAAGCAUAAACAAGAUAUGAUUGGGAAAACAAUGUAGUUAGCAUAGAAUCGAAGUGCAAUCAGAAACCUUACUGUAUCUUUCUUAGUAAUCUUUCUUGUGUGUGACCUGUGUGAGAGUUUCAGGUUAAGAGUCAAUUGUAUGUUUCCACCAAUGUCAAUGUUAGUGUAGAUGACAGUACAAAUGAGAGUGGUAAUAAUAACACAUAAUAAUAAUAAUAAUGAUAAUAAUAAUAAUAAUAAUAAUGAAGCUGUGCCAGUGAAGAUGUAUAUAUUUAUUUAGAUUUUAAAAAAUGCAUAUAAUAAUAGAUAUAUAUUUAUCUCUAAAACAUAUAUAGAUUUACAACUUAAAGAGAACUGAACAAAUGCAUGUUGCAAUAGGUGAAAAAAGAAAUGCAUAGAAAUAGAAUAUAGAUAAAUCAUGAUAAAUGAAAAGGUUGUUGAAAUUUUGGUUUCAAAGUUAACUGUUUUUAACGGUGUCCAAAAAAUAAUAAUAAUAAUAAUAAUGUUUAGUCCACUGUCUUCUUGUCUGAUCUGAACCCUCUGAGAGCUUGUUACGCUGAUGCUGUCCAUGUAAUGGUGUAUUAAGUGUGAGAAGAAAUCAGCAGAAUCCCUUUAAAGGUCUCUUUCACAGAGAUUGUAAUGUGUGAAUCCUGUGUUAAGUGAGGAAAUUGUUUCUUGGUUGUUCCACAAUGCAUUAAAGUGAUGUUUGUUACUGGGC